AAAACAUACCCCAACGAAUGUCUCAGUGUGUGGAACUAUGAGAGCAUUUACUACUGCAUUUUUUGGAUUUUUUCUGCUGGCGAACAGUGCAACGUCUGCGGAUAAGCAUCCCUCGUUAUCCCUGCCAUCCGGUUGCCCCUAUGGCCACUCCAGUUUCGAGUUGGACAAUGCUCAUGCGCACCUGGAAUCGAAUGUUAGACAGAAGAGACAUAGCCAUCCCUAUGAUGUUCGACCUGGCGUCGGCGCGUCCGUUGUAAGUGAUCAGAAUCUGGACGCUCUCAUCAAGAACUUUUUGCCCAAGUACUCGGACAACAAUCCGGAAGGCAUUAGCAGCAGCAGCGGCUGGUUGGGCGAGGAGAAACGCGAUACGGAGCCAGUCAAGUGCGGCAUUCCACCGGCCAACUGUUUGAAUAACACGCAGAACUUGCACUAUCGCACCAUAGAUGGUGCCUGCAAUAAUCUACUGUAUCCGGACUUCGGCAUUGCUGUCUCCAAAUACCGACGUCUCUUGCGUCCCACCUUUAAUGAGUACGGAAAAAUAGUGCCCAACGCCCGUCUGCUCUCGUUGUCAUUGUAUGGCGAAGAGACCCGUAUGGACAAAUUCCGCACAGUUGCCGCCAUGCAAUGGGGUCAAUUUGUUGCACACGACAUCAGUCAGAUGACAACGAAGGGUGCGCCCAAGGACUGCUGCGCUGAGCCACAAAAUCCUCAGUGCAUGAACAUCAAAUUGGCUCCAGGCGGACCAAUCGCUCACAAUACCGGCAAAUCCUGCCAGAGCUUUGCACGCAGUGUUUCCGAGGCACAAGCCAUUUGCCCCAAGAGCGGCCCAUAUCCGGAGAAAUUGAGUGUGGUCACGUCGUAUUUGGAUCUGUCAUCGCUCUACGGCAAUUCCAUUGAGCAGAACCGAAAGGUGCGUCUCUUCAAGGGUGGCCUGCUGCGCACCAGCACCGCCCAUGGCCAGCAUUGGCUGCCAGUGAGCCAGAAUGAGGAGGGCGAGUGCGGCAAUCACCAAGAGUGUUAUGUGGUGCCUGAUCAGCGUAAUAGCUUCCAGCCCACCAUCAUUGUGAUGCAGACUGUGUUGUUGCGUGAACACAAUCGUCUGGCCGAGCAGUUGGCGCUGCUCAAUCCUCACUACAACGACGAGCGUUUGUAUCAGGAGGCUCGCAAGAUCAACAUUGCACAGUACCAGAAGAUCUCGUACUACGAGUGGCUGGUGACUGCUUUGGGCAGUUCUUACACCCACCAUAAUGGUCUCACUUUUCCGUAUACGGAUUAUGGCAAUGAUUAUGUGAAUGAUUACGAUGAGAGCGUGAAUCCAGGACCAUAUGCUGAGUUCUCACAGGCUGCUUUCCGUUACUCACACACACAGGUUCCCGGCUGGUUCUCCAUGGUGGCUCCCAAUCGUUACUCCAAUCAAACGUUGAGGCUUAGCAAUUUCUUUGAUCGUCCGGAAAAUAUGCGUCUGCUUUCCUCAAAUGACAAUCUAGCCGAUCUUGUGCGCGGCAUGAUUACUCAGUUGCAGAAACAAUCGGACGCCAAUAUUGAUCCAGAGAUUAAGCAUUUCUUUGAUCGCAAGGAGUUUGAGGAUUUCGGUUCAGAUCUUAAGGCUUUCGAUAUUCAGCGUGGUCGUGACUUUGGUCUGCCCUCAUACAAUGAUGCUCGCGAACUUUGUGGACUGCGUCGCGCCAACUAUUGGGAUGAGUUGUCCAGCGAAAUUCCCAACGACAAAAUUGCCUUGUUGCGCAAGCUGUACGCCUCACCUGAUGAUGUGGAGUUGAAUGUGGGUGGUACUGUGGAAUUCCAUCUGCCCGAGUCGAUUUUUGGCCCCACCAUGCAAUGCAUCAUUGCCAAGCAGUUCCUCAACACACGACGUGGCGAUCGCUUCUUCUUUGAGCACGAGAAUCAUCUCAGUGGUUUCUCACGCUCCCAAUUGGCUGAGAUUCGAAAGGUGAGCGCCGCUUCUAUCUUCUGCUUGAAUGUGCAGGGUUUGUACGACGUUCAGCCGAAUGUUUUCGUCUUCCCCAAUUCUCGCAACGUUCUGCUGAGCUGUAACGAUAUUCCCCAAGUUGAUAUCAGCAAGUGGCAGGAUCUAACUCCCCAGCUGGUGAAUUAAUUUGCCACCACAGCAGCUGCCAAACUGUUACAUUUUAUUUCGUUAAACGUCCAAGCGAAAAUUUAAAUUGUUUAACAAAAAAACUAUAGUUUUAAGUAAUCCAAAAGUUUUCAUUUUU